CUGUGCGCCGAAAGCGGUGCCGCGGGGCCUCCCGGGCGUUUAGCGUCGCAGGGGCGGGGGCCGGGGCCGGUGGGGAUCGUGGAGGGCCAUGGCCGAGCCGGCUCCGUUACCUCUGACUUUUGAAGAUGUUGCCAUUUAUUUCUCUGAACAAGAAUGGCAAAGUCUGGAAGCGUGGCAGAGGGAGCUUUACAAGCAUGUGAUGAGAACCAAUUAUGAGAUUCUUGUUUCUCUAGAUGAUGGACUUCCCAAACCAGAGCUAAUAUCAUGGAUUGAACAGGGGAGAGAGUUCUUCAAGAACUGGGGAGAAUCACAGAAAUCAGGAAACCUCAUUUGCUCUUCAGCUGGUCUGCAUUUUGAUCCGGUUACCAAGGGACAUCUGAUCUGGCGAAGCCAACAAGCUGUGAAUUCAGGAGAAGCUAAAUGCCUUUUCCAAGUGGCUCCCGUAGAGGGCCAGUGCCCCUCGGAACCCUCGCUAGGAGAAAGGGCAGAUACUUCCUUCAGGCCUGACGAGAGCAUCUCCCUCAUGAACCUACACGGACAUGACACUCGGGCCCCAAUUCCAGUAGUUCCCAGCUGCAGGGAACGUACCCAGAGAGAAGGAAUCCCAAGUCCCAGAACUCUGGGUCCCCCUGCCUUCCAGAAGGUCCCCUCUUGGGAGGGCACCCAGCACCCCAGCGCCGUCUGUGAGGAAAGCUUUUGGAAGAACCACUUAGAGAAGCACCAGAGGAGUCACUUGAGGGACCAGCCAUGUAGGUCCUGGAAAAAAUUCAGCAAACAGGCUGAUCCACAGCAACAUGGCAGCAUCGCUCAGGGGCAGAGGCGCUUCCGGUGUCACGACUGUGGGCGGAGCUUCCACCGGAAGCGGUAUUUGCUCCGGCAUCUGGCUGUACACGCGGAGACGAACGCCCUGCAGGGCCCUGAAUGUAAACUGUGCGGCCCGAACAAGCAGACCCUUCUCGGCCAGCGGCUCCGGCGCAGCGCGGAGAAGCCGUUCCAGUGCCCCAGAUGUGACCAGCACCCCUUCCCGUGCGCCGAGUGCGGCAAGGCCUUCGCGCGGCCGUCCAAGCUCGCCGAGCACCUGCGCGUGCACAGCGGCGAGCGGCCCUUCCGCUGCGCCUCCUGCGACCGCAGCUUCCGCCUCAAGGGCCAGCUGCUCAGCCACCAGCGCCUGCACACGGGCGAGAGGCCCUUCCAGUGCCCCGAGUGCGGCAAGAGCUACCGCGCCAAGGCCGACAUGAAGGCCCACCAGCUGCUGCACGGCGGCCGGAUGCCCUUCUCCUGCGAGUGCGGCAAAGGCUUCGCCAAGCAGUCCAAGCUGGUCGAGCACGUCCGCACGCACACGGGGGAGAAGCCCUUCGCGUGUCCCAAGUGCGACAAGCGUUUCCGCCUGAAGGCGCAGCUGCUCAGCCACCAAGGCCUGCACACGGGGGAGAGGCCCUUCCACUGCCCCGAGUGUGACAAGGACUUCCGGGAGAAGGGACACAUGCUGAGGCACCAGCGCAUACACAGGCCCGAGAGGCCGUUCGCCUGUGGCGACUGUGGCAAGGGCUUCAUUUACAAGUCGAAACUUGCCGAACACCUCCGAGUGCACGCCAAGGCCCGCCGGGCCCCCAGCGAGCCGGACGGGAAGAAGAGGCUCCGCCAGCUCUUUGCAAUGAUCGAAGCGGACUGGAGUUGAGGCCGGGUGGGGCGUCCAGAGCCUCCGGCAGGCGGGACGUUGCCUGGGGAUCCACAGCAGUCGGAGCAGAACUGCUGGGAGACCGAUUUUAGGAACGGGGGCCAUUUUGGGGGGCAAAAAUGUCACCCAAGUUAGGAGUAUGAGAGACCACAAAGGAGUUUGUCGGUUAACACAUCACCAGUUAGGGGCGCCUGGGUGGCGCAGUCGAGCAUCCAAUUCCUGAUUCGGGCUCAGGUCAUGAUCUCACCGUUGGUGAGUUCGAGCCCCACAUCUGGAUCCAUCCUGACAGCCUGAUUCUGCUUGGGAUUCUCUCUUGCCUUCCGUCUCUGUCCUUCAGGCGUUCAUGUGUCUACGUUCUCUUUCUCUCUCCCUCUCUCAAGUAAACAUUUAAAAUAUCACCAGUUCUAUCUCCUACCCAUUGAUAAAAGAGAUAUCUCUUCUUCCUACCAUCUUAAAUGGUAAUUUCCCCCCAAGUGCUAAGCUAGCUCUGAAAUCCCAGCUUGAAUAAAGACAGAAGGAAAUCAGUACUGUCCUCAAAGUUGAGGAGAUGAGGUGGCUGUUAAAUGUCCGCUGUACUUUUUCACAGUAUGAUCCCAAAGCGGGGGUUCAAGCAUGUGUGAGUUUUGUUGCAGCCCUGAUACGCUGUUGAAUUUGCUUUUGAUUCAUUAUUUUAAAACUGAUAGCAAUCAAACGA